AUGGUGAUUACACGUAGUAACAACGGAGAAUCAUCGAAGCGUCGCAAGGAUGAACAAACAACCCAGGGAGCCACAGAAGAGGCCUCUGGGGGCGACUCAACCGCUACUGGUACAUCCAACACCACGAGCGAAACCACAACGGUCAGCGAUACAACCGCUACCUCUGUGACCGAUAACACGGCCGCAACGGAAGAAACCCAGCAAGAGAGGGAUCGAAGAUCGCAGCGCACACUAAGGUCCGACGAGACUAGGUCGCGCCGCUCCGUAGCCUCACGCAAGAGACUCCUUGCGGAGUUAGAGGCGAAAGAGUGGUUAGCCGAACUCAAGCUCGAGCAGGCUCAGUUGCAAGCAAGAACGGAAUUGCAAGAAAUACACGUGCAGCGAUUACAAGCAGAGGUCGGAUCAACCGAUGACGAAGAUGAAGAAAUAGAAGACGAUUUAGCAUCAGUACGCAUUAGUACAUGGUUGCUAGAAAAACCUACAUCGCAACCAGCGCCGCAGCCUGCGCCGCAACCCGCGCCGCACUUCGCAUCGCAACCCGCUCCGCAGUUUGCAUCACAACCCGCGCCGCAGAAAGAAGACAAUGGGCAGGCGCAGCAACAAAUCGACGUCGCUACCUUAGCCGCUGCUCUAUCACAAGCAGUACGAAGCACAAGGGAGCCGCCGAAAUAUGUGCAAGAUCUACCUACAUUCAAUGGUAGCAGCAAAGAAUGGCUCAGCUUCAAAACAACAUACGAAGAAUCUUCAAAGUACUUCACGAUGAACGAAAACAUAGCUAGAAUACGCCGAAGCUUAAAAGGGACAGCAAAAGAAGCCGCAGGUUGCCUACUUAUAAGCCAACCAGAUCCCAGCCUGAUAAUGGAGGCUUUGGAAAGGAGAUUCGGACGACCAGAAGCGUUAAUCCACUUGGAAAUAGAGAAGCUGAAGCUGCUGAAUAAAGUUACGGACAAUCCCAGGGAGCUAUGCAUAUUCGCAAAUCGCAUAGCAAACGUAGUGGGCACCGUGGAAGCACUCAAGAAAGCACACUAUCUGCAUAGUCCGGAAAUGACGCGAGUUAUCACAGACAAACUCACGCCUAUAUUGAGAAGCAAAUGGUACGACUAUGCAGCCAGAAAGAAAGAAGAUACCCCAGAGCUUAAGAAGAUAUCAAUGUUCUUAAAUGAUGAAGCGGACAAAUGCAGCGCGUAUGCCUUGCCGGAGUUCAUAGCAGAGGACAACGAGACGAGAGAGCGAAGACCAAGAAAAAUAGAACGUGCCUUCGCCACAAGCAAGAAACAAUAUGAAGAACGCUGCCCUCAAUGCAAACAAGAACACAAACUGCCCGAUUGUAAGUCAUACGCCGCUCUGUCCACAAAUGACAGAUGGGAAGUAGCAAAGAAGAAUAAUAUCUGCUACCGCUGUCUGCGAGGUAAACAUCGCCGAUUGCUGUGUAAAGCUCCACCGUGCGGAAAAGGCGGAUGCAUGAUGAAACACCAUAAAUUGCUGCAUCACGAUAGAACAGCAGAAAUUGAAAAGGAACCCGCUAUGGAAACCGCAACAUCGGCAAGGGAGGUCAUCACAGCGACUCAACCGUACAAACACCGCCGCGCUUAUCUAAAGAUUGCGCCCGUAACAAUAAGGGGGCCGCUAAGCUGCGUCAAAACAUACGCAUUAUUGGAUGAAGGAAGCACGGUCACCUUAGUCGAUGCCUCGAUCGCCGACGUCAUCGGCGCCGAAGGCCCAGCCCACGCAAUGUGGAUACAAGGGGUCGGCUCGGAGGUGAAACAUAAGAAGAGCAAGAUCAUCAGCUUUAAAAUAAGAAGAAAGUACGCGCAAGAGGAACACAACAUAGAAGCAGCGCGUACGGUAGAGCGGUUGGACUUCGCGCCAGAAUCCGUGAAUGAAAAUCACUUGGAGAAUUGCCAACAUCUGUUGGAUAUCAAAGAAGAUAUCACCUACGAACGCGCCUCACCGAAAAUACUAAUCGGACAAGAUAACUGGCACCUCAUAGUGUCUAGAAAACUGCGCGCCGGUCGUCGAGACCAACCAGUCGCCUCACAUACCAACCUGGGCUGGGCUCUGCAUGGCUGUCAUAGCUCAUUGACGUCGACGGUCACCUUCUGCGGCAGACUACAUCAGAGGGAAGAUACACAGCCGAUAGAAGAGGAAAUAAAAAAUUAUUUCAAAUUAGAAUCGCUGUGCAUCGAGCCAAGAAGACCGAAAGAAGAUCCCGAGCAACGAGCUAUGCAAAUGUUGAGGGAAACCAGCCAGAGGUCGGCGGACGGCAGAUUCGAGACAGGGUUGUUGUGGAAACAAAAGGAUUUCCAAAUACCGAAUAAUUACAAGGACGUGGAAAGGCGCCUGCACACUUUAGAGAAGAGGCUCGACCGAGACAGCAAUCUCAAGCUACAGUACGAAGAACGCAUACAAAACCUUUUCAACUCGGGUUACGCAGAGCGCGCGCCCAUGUCACCGCCGCAAGGAAGGACAUGGUAUCUGCCACACUUCCCAGUCAUCAACCCUGCGAAACCAGACAAGCCGCCGAGAUUGGUGCACGACGCCGCAGCGAAGACAGCCGGAAUAUGUCUCAACGAUAUGCUUCACUCGGGGCCCGACUUGUUACAACCAUUGCCCGGAGUAAUCAUGAGGUUCCGACAGUAUCCGUAUGCAGUGAGCGCCGACAUAAAAGAAAUGUUCAUGCAGAUCAAAGUGCGCAAAGAAGAUAGAAACGUUUUACGUUUCUUAUGGAGAGGCAAGCGGCGGGAGGACCAACCGGAAGAAUAUAGGAUGACAUCAAUCAUCUUUGGAGCGACAUCAUCACCAUGCACAGCAUUAUACAUAAAAAAUAAAAAUGCAGAAGAACAUGCAGAAGCAUACCCAGAAGCUGCGGUCGCCAUAAAAAGAAAUCACUAUAUGGACGACUAUUUGCAGAGCUUCCACUCUGUCACGGAAGCUCAGAAAACGGUAAAAGCAGUCGAUCACGUCCACAAACAAGCGGGAUUCGUACUCAGCGGGUGGACAUCGAACGAAGAGAAAACAAUAGAAGAAAUAACGACAGAACAUAAACAACACGACGCGACCGUGAGCCUGGGCGGAAAAGAAACUGAGAAGACGCUAGGGCUGCUCUGGCAUGUACAAAGCGAUCAUAUUGAAUUUGAUACUCACAAUAUGAAGAUGCCUGCCGACGUAAAAGAAAAACAACGCUUGCCAACUAAACGUGAAGCGUUUAACAUCAUAAUGGCAUUAUUUGAUCCGCUGGGAUUAAUAUCACCAGUGACCACCCCAGCGAAGAGAAUAUUCCAAGACACAUGGCGUUACAAGGCGGACUGGGACGACCCUCUGCCCACACAAUUAAAAGAAAAAUGGGAAGACUGGAUUACUUCACUUAACGCCAUAGAACUACUGAGAAUACCGCGAUGCUACGAUUACAACCCGGUGUCGACGCGCCAACUACACACGUUCGUCGACGCAAUCGAGGAGGCCUACUCAGCAGCCGUGUAUUGGAGAACGGAGCGAGCAGACGGCAGCGUUAACGUAUCAUUGGCUGCCGCCAAGAGCCGCGUAACACCACUGAAGCCAAUCUCCAUACCACGGCUCGAAUUACAAGCAGCACUGCUGGGACCUCGUCUCGCGCAGACCGUGGUCGAUGAGCACGAUGGUGAUAUAGCGGGCAAGACAUACUGGUGCGACUCUCGUACAGCACUGGUAUGGAUAAGAUCGGAGCCUCGCGCGUACAAAGCUUUCGUCGCUCAUCGCCUGGCGGAGAUAGAGGAUACGACCAAGAAGAACGAAUGGCGUUGGCUACCGUCUAAAGAAAACGUAGCAGACGACGCGACCCGAUCCACGACAGAAAGAUUCCACGAGUCGCACCGGUGGUUCCGAGGGCCCUCGUUUCUGCAACGUCCACCAGCAGAAUGGCCGCAGGAAGAGAAAACGACACAAUACGACACCGGGGAAGAACGAGAAAUAUGUAACAUCGCAGUUAAAAGGGUAGACUCGCCAACAACACAUCUGCCACAAAUAGAAAGAUUUUCAAAAUGGAUUCGCCUCAUAAUGGCGACAGCGAGAGUCCUCCUAUUCAUCGACAUGUGCAGACCAAACAAACACGUGGUGAAGGCUGGGCGUAAACGCAACCGAGCAAGACAAGAUAGCGACCCUGGCUGGCGAAGAACAAACAAACGCAACAUCCCCGCCAAGGAGAAAAAGGCAACUCCUACUGUCUCAUCCCUUGUAGGAAUACCGGCCGCUUAUCACGUAAGAGCCGAACAACUGUAG